UCCUCUUUGUCCCUCUCUCUCCCUCUCUAUCUCUCUCUCUCCCUCAAGCAAUUGGAGCACAUCUUGAUCCAUACAUAACUCUUCUCACCUGCUUCUGCUGCUUCCUGAUCUUGACAACAAUUCUGGGUUUCUUGAGAAGUACGUGUUUUGUGAAGCAGCAGUAGAAUCUGCGGGCACACAUCGCUCAUGGCUGCUGAUUCUCUCACGCCAAAGCUUGACAUGGAGGAUUCUGAGGAGACUAAGCCAGAGGCUCAGGCAUCCAAGAAAAGGAAGGUGGUCCACAAGACAGUUGUGAGGGUGAAGACGGAAGCAAACGUGGGGAAGCAGAAGAGUGAAGGGCCACCUUCUGAUUUCUGGUCUUGGAGGAAAUAUGGGCAAAAGCCAAUCAAAGGAUCACCUUACCCAAGAGGGUACUACAGAUGCAGCACAUCAAAGGGGUGUUCGGCCAAGAAGCAAGUGGAGAGAUGCAAGACAGAUGCUUCAGUCCUGGUCAUCACCUACACAUCCACCCACAACCACCCAGGCCCCGACAUUCACUCCCUCAACCCCACCAUUCCACCAUCCGAGGCCGAUGAUGAUCCUGAAGAAACCACGAUCGCCGUCUCUCCCACCGUCUCAGCCCAAGAUGAAGACCCAGAGCAAGAUCAAGAUCAAGAUCAAGAACAGGAACGCCGUCUUGAUCUCGGUGACAAACAAGAUCGAGAUCAACGCACCCAUGUGGCCAUUGAUGAGGAAGGCCGCACGCAAGAAGAUCGCUUCCACUACCUCCGAUCUCCGACCGACUGUUCUUCCCACGACUUGGUGACUGAACAAGAAGACACGCUUUCUCUGCAACUGCUGCACGUGUACGAAGAGCCUCUAGUUUCUUGCUCCCGCGAGGAUCCGAGCGGCGUCGCGGCAGCGGCCCUGCCGCCCGAACCGGAAGAGGGUCACGACUUCUUCGACGAGCUCGAGGAGCUCCCCGCGUUCUCUUACUUCGCGAACCUCAAGAGGAGCAACUGCUUCUUCGACGACAGGAUUCCUGUCGUCCCUUCUUGAUCCGGGCGCAGGAGUGCGAUGCUGUUUCCUCGGUUUCUCGCAUCCUUGGGAAGGAGAAAGAAUUGUACCCACCGAAACUUUGUCCAUUAACCUCAUGUUGUUGGGUUAGUGCGCAUUCUCGAUGGUGUCUUAGAAGUUGCUUCUUUUUGAGCGCAUGUUGCGAUCUGUGCAAAGACGAGAGAGCGAGUAAGACGAAGAUGGUGGGGCAUAGGGUCAUUAUCUUUUCUUGGAGAAGUAGGGAUAGUAUGGCUCUUGUGUGAUGGCAAUUGAAUUGAACACACCACUUUGUGAACUUACUUGGCACUUUACAUGUUCUCCCAUGUCAAUUCGUAUGUCGAAAAAGAUGGCACGAGGAUCACGAGUGGGUGCGCUCAGAGAUCGUUCGAGGAUAAGGCUUUACUUGGAUGGAGUGGUUGAGCCUAUGACAGUGAAAUGGUUUUUUUGUAGCUUUCGAUGCUCCAUGACUUUUCUUGAUGUUCAUAGGCCGGAAGUUGGCUCGAAACUCACAUCAUCAUCCAUGUUCCGUAAGGGAAAGGAUUCUCAGAUCUUAACAGAUCGUAACUUCUUGUAAUUUUUGGCAAUUCUUGUAUAAAAUAUCGUAACCGACGAGAUUACUCUUA